UGUUUUAGGAUUGUUGAUAGGCUCAAUUAAUUGAUUCUAUUAAACGAAGUGACUUGUCCAGCAAACCAAAUGGCAAUAAAGAAGCUCUUGGACCUCAAACUAAACCCAUGAUAAAUGUUAAAGGAAAUCAAUCUCAGCAAACAGAUGGGACAAACAAUAGUGAUCUUUAUUCCACUCUAUCUAAUCUAUUCAAUUGUCUCUGCACACAACAUGGUAUCUAAGGAUCUAUUAUUAAUAUUUCCAUAGAAGGUAUUGGACGUUUUGAAAUUAAGAGUAAACCUACUGAUAAAAACCUCAAGAAUGGCCAUAAGCCGGAUCAAUCUCAUUUGGCUAUUAUGGUGGAAAAAUCAAUUCAAAAUGACUCUGAACAAUCAAGGAUAACCCAUUUUCAUAGGCAAUGCAAUAAAUACUGUAUAUUAACUGUAAUGAUGAAAGAAAAUAGUAUUCAAACGGAUUUUAUCUGUGAUAAUAAUGAAAAACCAGCUUCUUGCAAAGAUCAGAGUCAUGCAAAUGCUGAUACAAUAGGACCCGAGCAAGAUAAGCCACAUGUCGAUGGAAUAUCAAAAGAACAUCAUGAUGGCUUAGGUGACAUUGAAGUUUCUCAUGAACGCAUCUCUUACCUUUAGAAAAGGUGAAGCAACAGAAGUUCAGUCUUCCUAUUCUAUUAAUAAUCUAAUAAAUUCGAUCCACCUCCACCUACAACCAGUUAACAAUCCAACGUCCAGUCCUUGUCCUAAAUUUGGUUCCAUAUUAAUUUGUUUAAUCGAUAGCAUGUUCAUCUUUCAAAAUUAACAUAACAACUGUUGAGAUGCCAAAAGCGACUAAAAUUGAGAAAUCAGAUGUAUUAUUGUUUUUAAAUACGAUUUUUGUUCAAAUCUAUUUUAUUUUAAAUGUUUAUGAUAAAUUCGUGUUGCAAUUCAUAAACGGCCCCCUAAAAUUGCAUGUGUUCAUUUUUGCUCAACAUUGAAUCCCGCUUUUAUGACUUAUUCCUGUCAUAUUUUGUUUCUUAUUAAUUGUGUUUUAAAUUCUUAAAAUGUCUAUUGAACUUAUAAACCCGAAUUCUGAUAGAGAAAUUACUGAAGAUGAAGCUAAGCUUUAUGAUAGACAGAUUCGUCUUUGGGGUGUCAACUCUCAAAAAAUGCUUCGGAAGGCCAAUGUCCUUUGCAUUGGGUUGUCUGGACUUGCUUCUGAAGUGGUGAAAAAUAUUGUGCUGGCCGGCAUCAACUCACUGACAGUUAUUGAUGACGAGAUCAGUGAAAAAGAUUCUUUUAGUAAUAUUUUCACACGGAAUAAAAUUGGCUUGAAUAGAGCUGAAGUUGCUGCUGAAAAUAUACGAACAUUGAAUCCAAUGGUUAUGGUUAGAGCAUUGGAUUGGAAUAUUAAAAAGAAAAUAGAGACACCAGAAGAAGACUUUUUAAAUCUUCUGAAAAACAGCACAGCUGUUUUCAUAUCAAACUAUGAUCCUGAGACUAUGAUAAAACUCAAUGACUUAUGCCAUUCCAUUGAAGGUGUUAACAUUAAUUUUUUUGCCGCUUGUGACUGGGGCUACUAUGGUUUUUCGUUUACUGACUUGGGUCGUAAAUACAAAUAUAUUUCUGAAGAAGUUACUCAAAAAGAAAUAUAUGCUGAAGGACCCUCUGAGAAUAAACUCAAAAAUGAACAACCUGAAAAAACAUAUGUUGAAAAAUAUCUUGAUUUUGUUCCAUUAAGACAAGCCUUAGCUGUUAAAUCAGGAAAAGCAGGUAUUGGAAUUACAAAGCGAACCAGCCCUGUGUUAAUAUUAGUGCACAUUCUUUUCAAAUUUCACCAAUUGAAAGAUCGUUAUCCUGACAGCCAAUAUGGAGACGAAGACAUUGAAUUAUUAAAUCGCUUGAAAGAAGAAGUUGCAGACGAUUUAGCCUACUCUAAAUCUAGUUUGAAAAUACUAGAGGAUGAUAAAUUUCAUCACCAUGUUUAUGGUGAAUUAAGUCCUGUUUCUGCAAUCAUUGGUGGAGCCCUUGGUCAGGAUAUGAUUCGAUCUAUUACUCAUCAAGAUGCACCUAUUAGAAACUUUUUCCUUUUCAAUGGACUCCGAUUGUCUGGAACCGUUGAAAGUAUUGGUAAAUAAUGUACCAACCCCAUCCGCCUCACUCUUUUUUACAUGAACCAAAGUUUCAUCUGUUUCAAAAAUAAAUAUUUUGUCGAGACCA